AUGAUGUGCUGGAUAAUCAUAGGUCUGUUGUUUGGUUUAAUACAGCUAAAUAUUGCAGCUGACACCUGUAACCAAGGUGAAUUCUGUCUUUUCAGUGGUUCACAAAAAACUGGGAAUGUCUUGUAUCACGUCGAUGUUAAGGUCACACGGACAGGAUUUACUUUCCCUAAAGUCGAUGCAUUGAAUCCUGUAAUAAACCCACGAUCCGUCUAUAAUCCCAUACCUAAUACCUUCGGAUGUAUCAUUCGUCUCAACGAUGAACAGCAUUUCGCAGGCGCGGAACAGGAAGUCAAUGGCUUUGGUGUGCACGAACUCACUGGUGCACCUGUGGGCUCAAUGGUUAGUGAUUGCGGCUAA